AUGACUUUCUCGGCCAAGCCCAACAUGCGCAAGUACCUCGACGCCGAGUACUGGCGGCUGGAUACGGCCCAGGCCUCGUAUGCCACGCGGCACGGCUGGUCCAACGAGGACGUCGACAUUGUCCCGCCCGAGAAACGGACCUGGAGAGCCUUCGACUAUGCCUGGCUUUGGCUGGCGGACGGUGCCAACGUCGGCACCAUGCAGCAGGCCGGCUCGGUCGUCGCCAUGGGUCUAAGUUGGCGUGAGGCCUCUGUGGCCAUCGCCAUCGGCAAUCUUAUGGCCGGCGCCGUCGUCGGGCUCAACGGAAUCCUGGGGUCGCGCUGCCAUGUGCCCAUGUCCAUCGGCUCCCGAGCUUCCCUGGGCUUCUACCUGUCCUACUUUGCCGUCUUUUCGCGCUUCGUCCUCGGCCUGAUCUACUUUGGGUGUGUGCUCUCUUCUCCGCUGCUAGCGGCUGAUCGUCUGAUCGCCAGACGGACUAACCCGGCUUUCCCCAGCAUCAAUACGUAUAUUGGCGCUUCGUGCAUGCUCAUCAUGCUUGAGGCCAUUUGGCCUAGCCUCAAGACGUACCAUAACGCGCUGCCGGCUUCCCAAGGUGUUGCUAGCAAUAAGAUGAUUGCGUACUUUGUUUUCUGGAUCCUGCAAUUUCCUCUCGUGAUGAUCCAUCCCCGAAAGCUGCGCUAUCUCUUCAUGGUCAAGUCCACCCUCGCCGUCAUUGCCGCCUUUGCCCUGUUGGGUUGGGCAGUGCACAGAGGAGGCGCCGGGCCUGUCUUUAGCCAGAAGGCAAAGGUCCACGGCGCCAAGAAGAGCUGGGCCUAUCUUGCAGGCAUUAAUGUUGUUGUCAGCAGCCGAACAACGCUUGCCUUGAAUAUUUCUGACCUCACUCGCUACGGCCGCAAGCCGUCAGUGACCUACUGGCAAUCGCUCUACAUCCCGAUCACGUACUGGGUCUUUUCCUUUAUCGGUAUCGUCGUCUCGUCAGCCAGCCAGGCCAUCUACGGCAAGCUCUCGUGGGACCCCACGACGGUCAUCGCCCGCUGGGACAGCCGGGCGGCCGCCUUCUUCUGUGCCUUUGCCUUUGGCCUGGCCACGCUCGGCACCAACAUCUCGACCAAUUCGGUCGCGGCCAGCAACGAUCUCGCCUUCAUGGUGCCGCGCUGGAUCAACCUGCGCCGCGGCUCCUUUGUCGUCUCGCUCAUCGGCGGCUGGGCCACGGCCCCGUGGAAGAUCCAGAAGAGCGCCACCAGCCUGACCACAUUCCUGAGCGGCUACGCCAUCGUGCUGGCGCCCAUCCUGGCUAUCAUGAUCUGCGACUACUACAUCAUCCGCCGCGGCCGCAUUCACGUGCCCAUGCUGUACCAGAACGAGGGCAUCUAUCGCUACUGCAACGGCUUCAACUGGCGCGCCCUGGCCGCCCUCCUCGUGGCUGUGCCGGUCAACCUGCCCGGUCUGAUCCACGCGAUCAACAGCAAGGUCAAUGUCGGGAACUACCUUUACUUUUGUGAGUCACGUGACCAUACCAGCGACCUUUGCUUGCCUACUGACAGCGGCAACAAAGACAAGGCAUCGUGGCUGACAGCGAUGUCCAUGUCUGGAUGCAUCUACACCAUCCUGAGUCUCGCGUUUCCACCAAAAGACACCUUUGUCGAGGUUUCCGCAUUCGAAGAGGGGGACACUUGGAACAAAGCAGGCAAAGAUGACCGUGAGGCGGGCAACAUUGAGAUACCACGCUGUCGUGAUUCGUAA